AACUGUAACAGAACUUUCAGUUUGGGUCGAGUUAAUUCCAAUUGAUUACUAGCUUCAUUGUUGUUUUUUGUUAGCACCAUCUGAUUGGUUUGAUUAUCAAAAUAAAGUAAUUUAAAAUUGUUAAAGAUGAGUAGCGCGAGCAAGGUUGGUGAAAUAUUCACAGCCGCAGGAGCUGCUUUCAACAAACUUGGAGAUCUAACAAUGCAACUGCAUCCGAAUGCAGAGUCACCAGCAGGAAAGUGGACAGAUGAAGAAAUUGAGAUGUUGCGAGCAUGUGUUAAGAAUUUCUCAGAUGGUCUGAAUGAGAUCAGUGAACAUAUUAAGUUACGAACAGUGUCACAGAUAAGAACAGCUUUGAAAAAGAAGGCAUUUGAAGAUGCCGGCUUUCCUGUGAGGCAGAUGAACACAACAGUGCAAGUCUCCCAACCUCAAAUUAUCAAGAGCGAAGUUACCUUAAACAUGCUGAACGCUGGAGAAUCUGAGGUUGAUGUCGAAGGUUUACAUGAGGAAGUCAAAUUGGAAUUUGAUUCAGCUAGUGAGGAAGUAACCUCAUAGAUUAUUAUUUUUUUUGUAUGUGUGUGGAAAUGAUAUAUAGGUUAAACAUUUUUAUUAUUUUG